UCGCUUAAACCCAGCUGGCUGCUGAUAUAUAACCUCCUCUCGCUAGCUGAUGCAACUGUCGGAAGAGAUAAGUCAGUACGGAGAAGUCCAGUUAAAGGAGCAGCGUGAGGAAAGCAUCUGACACUCUUUAUCAUUUAAAACUAGCUUAUUGUUAACUGAAGAUGCCAGUAGUCCGUGCUUUGACUAAGGUGGCAAAGAAAGCCCUUCUGACCCCUGGAUGUGGCUGCCAGGUUUCAGCAGUGGCUGUGCGUCAUGUCAGUUUCUCCCCCCGUCAAGUGACGAAUGCAUCAGAUGCCAGCUUUCACUCUGUGUCCUUUUCUGAAACAGAUCACCCAAAGGUCCUUAUUACAGGUGGCCUCGGGCAACUAGGUGUUGGGCUUGCCAAAUUGUUAAGGAAAAGGUUUGGAAAAAACAAUGUGAUCCUUUCAGAUAUCAGGAAGCCUCCCACCCAUGUGUUUCACAGUGGCCCCUUUAUCUACUCGGACAUUUUGGACUAUAAAAACUUGAGAGAGAUUGUUGUCAACAACCGGAUCACCUGGGUGGUGCAUUACAGUGCUCUUCUCAGUGCUGUUGGGGAAGCUAAUGUAGCCCUGGCCCGGGCUGUCAACAUAACUGGUCUUCACAACAUCUUGGACAUUGCUGCUGAGCAUGGGCUUCGACUGUUUGUUCCUAGCACGAUUGGUGCCUUUGGCCCAACUUCCCCACGUAACCCGACUCCUGAUCUUUGUGUGCAGCGACCUCGUACCAUAUAUGGUGUUUCCAAGGUCCAUGCUGAGCUAAUGGGCGAGUAUUACCAUCACCGGUAUGGUCUUGACUUCCGCUGUCUGCGGUACCCUGGUAUAAUCUCUGCAGAUUCCCAGCCAGGCGGAGGCACGACAGAUUACGCUGUGCAGAUAUUCCAUGAUGCUGUCAAGACCGGCAAGUUUGAGUGCAACUUGAAGCCAGACACGCGGCUUCCUAUGAUGUACAUUGACGACUGUUUGCGGGCUACGCUCGAGGUCAUGGAAGCCCCAGCUGAGACGCUGUCCAUGCGCACUUACAACAUCAACGCCAUGAGCUUCACUCCUGAUGAACUGGCGCAGGAGGUCCAGAAACAGCUGCCUGACCUGCAAAUCACGUACAAAAUCGAUCCUGUAAGACAGGCAAUAGCUGACAGUUGGCCCAUGAACUUCGAUGACUCUAACGCACGCAAUGACUGGAGGUGGAAACAUGACUACGACCUGCCGGAGUUGGUUCAGACAAUGCUCAACUUCAUUGGUUCAGAGUCCCAGGUUGCCCAAGUCAGCUGAAUCAAGUCCAAGAAAUAGGAGCUUGUACAUACAUAUUAUAUACAUAUAAAGACUGAUAGACUCGGAGAACAGAGAUCCCUGGUCUGUAAAUAAUUAUUUGCUCUCUGUCUCUUCUGUGCCUGGAUUAUUUGGAAGAAACUGGAUAAGAGAUUUUUCACUCAAAUUAACGGUGAAUGUCAAUUCUUGUAUGCCAAGAACAGUUACCAAGUGCCCACCCCCACCCCCUAAAAAUCUUUUAUAAAUGGUAAAGGAAAUGAAAACGAAUAAUGUUCAGUGGCAGGGUUAAGGACUGGUUUCGAGUGGAAAUUUCCAUGCGGUAAUAGAGCAAAAUGUUGUCUUGCUGCAUUGCUUAAAUGAUCGGUCUGAACACAACCGUGUGUUAGCAUGCUUUUAACUGAGAAAUGCCUACUGUGAGUUAAACACGAACGCAUGAAACUUUCACUUAUGGCCAACCUGAACAAAUAACAUCCUGCAAACUAAUUGUUAACCCUGCAUUAAAAAAAUAACAAAUGGAUAGAUUAAAAAAAAAAAAUUGUCAGAUGCGGUACAUUUUAAUACCAGAAUCAGCUAACAUAGCUAGGCAAAAUCUAGCUAAGUGUGUUUUAUUAAUUCAGAUAACAUUAUUGGAAUAAUUGAAGCAUCAUCUUAUUCCUAACUGUUCUAACUCGUAAUGGACUUGUGGACUAUAUCAGUAAUAUCAACUUAACAUGUUAAUCUGCUUUGUGAAAUGAAAAACAAGUGUUAAAAACAAGUUAGUGAUGAUGACUGCUACGAAAUGUUAGCUUAACUAUAUGAUUUACCACUGAAAUACAUGAAUCACUUAAACAAAUUACAAAUAAGGUAAUUACUGUAUAUUGUUUAAUUAUUUUUCCGUAAGUUUCCCCAUCACAAUAAAAUCGCUAUGUCCAGCCUGUUCGACAUGCAUGUACAAGUUAUGGCUACAAGCCUAAGCAUUUACAUUAACAGAAUUUGGAAGACUGUGUUGUCCAGAGUGACGUACGUAAGUAAAAGGACGUUACAUUCAUCUCUUUUUAUACAACUGAGCAGUCUUUAUCAAGGGCCCAGCAGGGGCAAUUUGGCAGUGCUUGAGUUUGAACUCAUGACCUUACCAUCAAUUGUCCAAUGCCCUAACCACUGAGCUACCAUAAGAAUUGUAUAUAUGUGUGUGUGUGUGUGUGUGUGUGUGUGUGAAUGUAAAAUGGAAGCAGGGGCCAGCAGGAGUAAUACUAGCAUUUUCUUUUCUUUUUUUUUCUCCACCUCUUCUGUAGUAUUUAUCUAUUUAUUUAGUGUUUGCUGACAAGCAAUGAGCUUAUUUGUCUUCGAUCUCUUGCACCAAUAGCUACUUAAUGUAAUGCAUUUGUAUCUCUUUCUUUCUUUCUUUUUUUUUUUAACUACAUGGACAUUGUUUUCCAUAUAAGUGCUUAUCUUUUGUUUUCCAUAUGAGCUCGCCAUAUUAAUCAUACCUUUUUGUACUUAAAAAUGUUAGGGUAACCUCUUUACUUGGCAACACAAUUUUGUGAUCAUAAAAUGUGUGAUCAAAGCCUUUUCCCCCGAUUAUGCUUGAAUGAGUUGGUUAUGUCUUGACUCCGCAAAUAGGCAACUUUCAGCAACUGCUGUGAAUUCCCUGAUGAGUGACAGUCUCCUGAGGUGCUUCUAGAUUAUUAUUAUUUUUAUUUUUUUUUAAAAAGAGGUGUUUCAAGAAGCACAAUAAAGCUUCUGUAUGCAAUCUCAAUACUUCUGGGAAAUUUGUGCUAGAGCUUUUGUGUUAAGAUUCACAAACCACACUUUGAUUGCAACAACAGCAAUAAUAAAGACAUUUUACGACUCCA